AUGUUUGUUCUCUUCUUCUUAUUUACCAAGAAUAUUAGAAGUGAAGAACAGAGCAACGAGACAGAAGUAAACUAUGAUAAUGAUAAGUCUCUCUUCCAGCCUCCAGUUCUUUCAGAUUUCAUUACAGCUCGCCAAUCCAGAAAUUUAACAGUUAAAGGCCAAAAAGAGUUAGAGCCAAUCGUUGGAAGAUACUUCAGAAAACCGCUUGUUAACCUUCUCCAAGGUGUACAGCCAUCAGUCCUCAAUUUCCGCAGAUUAUACUUCACAAAUUUCGAUGGUAUGAUAUUAAAGGGCGAGUCAAACUGCCUCGCUAAGUUCCCAGAUAUCAUGAUUGUCGAUUGUACAUUCAAGGCUGCUAAUCAGCACCCAAUCCAUAUCAAUGGACCUGCUUACAAGGAUGAAGCGUUUGACCCAGAUGCAAGUGUUGGUAAUGUAAAAGAUUAG